AUGGCUCGCGGCGCAGAAUCCAAGCGGAGACGAUUGAGCCCCCCGGGCGACGACGAGGCCAUCCGCGCCAAAGCCGACGCGGAGUGGGAUGUCGAGCAAGACUACGAGCGCCGCCCGCGCAAAACAGCGAAGAAAGCCGGCGAGAGCGCAAGAUUGCCCAUCAAGACCUCGGAAGGAUUUGUCCAGGCUGAAGUUCAGCCCGAAGUACAAGACGAGGACCAGGGCGAGGAGACCGACAGCUUCUUAGGCACCGAUGAUGACGAGGAGGAAGGCUCAGAGGAGGAAGAGGAACCUGAGGAGGAACAGCCAAAGAUCCCAGUGAAGGUCCAAAUCAUGCAGGCAAAGGAGGAACUUGCGAAGAUGGCGACAUUGAUCAACGAGGAGCCCGAAGAACACACUUCUCUGUUCAAGACAAUGGCGGAGAUGGUCACAAGGAAGAACACCUGCCUCACAGUCAAGAAGCUGGCCCUUGCCUCGCAGGCAACCAUUUACAAGGAUGUCAUUCCUGGAUACCGUAUCCGUCCGUUGAGCGAGGAAGACAAGACCGGCCGAGUGUCAAAAGAAGUGCGCAAACUCCGAGACUUUGAACAGGCUCUUGUCUCAGGAUACAGAAACUAUGUCCAAACCCUUGGCGCACUAGCCAAGAACUCCAAAGAUGGCUCUGUGGACCCUUCCCUGAAGAGCUUCGCAAUUAACAUGGCUUGCACCAUGCUUCUGGCAGUGCCUCACUUCAACUUCCGCAGCGAACUACUUAAGAUUCUGGUGAACCGCCUUGCGCGGAGACAGGUUGACGCCGACUACGUCAAGUGCCGUGAUACAUUGGAAGAUGUCUUUGCGCAGGACAACGACGGCACUGUCUCCCUCGAGGCCACAGCUCUGAUUGCCAAGAUGAUGAAGGCCAGAGAUUUCCACAUCCACCCCAGUCUUCUGGACACAUUCCUCCACCUCCGCUUGCUUGGCGAGUUCCACCUGAAAGCCUCGCAGGACCGCGUUGACCGCGAAGAAGAGGAGGCACCCGGGAAGAAGCCCAAGCAAAAGCGCGAGUUCCGUACCAAGCGGGAGCGCAAGGUGCAGAAAGAGCGCAAGGAAGUCGAGAAGGAUAUGCGUCAAGCAGACGCCGUGGUAUCCCACGAGCAAAGAGACAAGAACCAGGCCGAAACACUGAAGCUGGUGUUCGGACUCUACUUCCGCAUCCUCAAGCUUCGCAUCCCCCCUUUGAUGGGUCCCGUUUUGGAAGGAUUAGCGAAAUACAGCCACUUGAUCAACCAGGACUUCUUCGGUGAUCUCCUGGAGGCCUUGAAAGAUCUCAUUAACCAUGCCGAGCGUGAGGAAAUGGGCGAGGAAGGUGACCAGGAAGUCACCAACGAGGACGACGACGAGGAUCAGUCGACGAUCGUCGAAACAGCCGCUCGGGAUGCCCGCCGGCGAACUCUUCUCUGCACAGUGACCGCCUUCGCUCUCCUCGAAGGCCAAGAUGCCAGCAAAGCCGCUGCCGGCCUCCACCUCGACUUGAACUUCUUCAUCAAGCACCUCUACCGCUCCCUCUACUCCCUCGCCAUGAACCCCGAAGUCGAGUUCAACCCCGACAAGUCCCUCCGGCUCGCCGACCCCAACUUCUCUUCCGACGCAUCUCAGCUCGAACAGACCCGCUCCAAGAACAAGGUCAACUUCCAAACGCCCAUGGUCCUGCUCCUUCGCUGCCUGCAGCCAACCCUGUUGUCUCGGGCCCACGGCAACCCGCCCCCUGCGCGACUGGGCAGUUUCUCCAAGCGUCUCAUGACUACUUCGCUUCAGCUGCCGGAGAAAUCUGCCCUCGCGACGCUGGCGCUUUUGAGCCAGGUCUCGAAGUACCACGGCCGACGCAUCUCGUCGCUGUGGCACACCGAAGAGCGCAAGGGUGAUGGUGUCUUCAAUCCCCGUGCCAAUGAUAUCGAGGCCACGAAUGUGUUCGCUGGUACAGUGUGGGAGGGUGAAUUGCUGCGUCUGCAUUACUGUCCGCAGGUUCGAGAAGCGGCCAUUGACAUUGAAAAGAUGAUGAACAACUCCAAAUAG